AUGUCACUUGUUAAUGCUAAGAGUACUAAUAAUGUGAAAACAAAGUUACAAGCAUUGGUCACAGCGAAAGAUCCAACAAUUUCAUUCAUUAAACCGGCUAUUAGUCGUAGUGAUUGCUGGACAUCAUUUUCACAAAUACAAUUAUCGAAAGUUUCCCAAGACUACGUUGUUUGUUUAUCUUGUGGAACUGUUUUGAAAUGGAUUAGUAAAAAAUCACAGUUGUCCGAAGAAAAAUGCUUGGCCAAACAGUUAAUGAAUGCUGGAGCAAUAGUCGGUACGGCUGUACCAGUAAAAGAAUUAUUGCCUCAUCCAUCUACAGUAUGUCGUUUUAAGGGGAAAAUUUUCCCCCCAGCUGGUGAAGAAUUUAGUAAGCGAAAAAAUAGUUUACAAUCAACAUCAUCCACACCACAAUCAUCACCAACUAAACGGCAACGAACUGAUUUUGUUGCAGAAGAGGAAGAAAAUAUGGAUGACAAUAAUGAUAAUGAUUAA